CGCAGCCAUAUCACAAAUAAAUCAGGCAGAGUGAAAAAAUAACAUUAGCGGGAAAUCCGAGAAAUUGCAGAAACGUUUGCCAAAUAUUUUGAGAACCCCGAAAAGUGCGUUGCGUGCCAUUUUAUCGAAAUCGAGAGGAUGAGUGCCUAGAUGACACAAUAUAUUCAAGCGAACCGCCAACAUGCGAAACCAUAACGGGAGGAGAGGAAAAUCGGCAGCGGAAAACUGAUUAAAAUAAUUUAAUUUCGACCAGGUUGCGCGGAAGUGCAAACAUGUUGGCCUGGCUGAUGAUGGGCGUCCUGCAGUUUGUCAGCGGGGAUAUAGCCCCCGACUCCUACGUGAAUACCACAAAUUGGUAUAAUGCAAACGAGAGCUUAUCUACCACAGAACUGAAUCAUAUAUGGAUUAGCAGCAGUUCCACAGUUCAGCCAGAGGAGCCUGUUUAUGGCACCGAACUGCCCACCUAUCAGCAUUGCAUAGCCACCCGGAAUUCCUUUGCGGAUUUGUUCACUGUGGUGCUCUAUGGAUUCGUCUGCAUUAUCGGACUAUUCGGCAACACUUUGGUGAUCUAUGUGGUGCUGCGCUUUUCCAAAAUGCAAACGGUUACGAAUAUAUACAUUCUGAAUCUAGCGGUGGCCGAUGAGUGUUUCCUAAUUGGGAUACCCUUUCUGCUUUAUACGAUGAGAAUCUGCAGCUGGCGAUUCGGGGAGUUCAUGUGCAAGGCUUAUAUGGUGAGCACCUCGAUCACCUCCUUCACCUCAUCGAUUUUCCUGCUCAUCAUGUCGGCGGAUAGAUAUAUCGCCGUGUGCCACCCGAUUUCCUCGCCCCGAUAUCGAACUUUGCAUAUAGCCAAAAUAGUGUCUGCGAUUGCCUGGACAACUUCGGCGGUUCUUAUGCUGCCGGUUAUUCUAUAUGCCAGUACUGUGGAGCAGGAGGAUGGAGUCAACUACUCAUGCAACAUAAUGUGGCCAGACGCGUAUAAGAAGCACUCGGGCACCACCUUCAUACUCUACACCUUUUUCCUGGGAUUCGCAACACCACUGUGCUUUAUCCUCAGCUUUUACUAUCUGGUCAUCCGGAAACUGCAAUCUGUGGGGCCCAAACAGGGAACCAAAUCCAAAGAGAAAAGGCGAGCUCAUCGGAAAGUCACAAGACUGGUUCUCACGGUGAUUAGUGUAUACAUUUUUUGUUGGCUCCCACACUGGAUUUCUCAGGUGGCCCUAAUCCACUCGAAUCCCGCUCAAAGGGAUCUCUCCCGUCUGGAGAUACUCAUCUUUCUGCUUUUGGGAGCCCUAGUUUACUCCAAUUCCGCGGUGAAUCCCAUACUCUAUGCCUUCCUGAGUGAGAACUUCCGGAAGAGCUUCUUCAAGGCCUUCACCUGUAUGAACAAGCAGGAGAUCAACGCCCAGUUGCAGGUGGAACCCAGUGUUUUCACCAAGCAGGGAAGCAAAAAACGGGGUGGCUCCAAACGCCUGUUGACCACCAAUCCGCAGAUGCCACCCCUGCUGCCAUUGAAUGUUGGCAACAACAAUUCAUCGACCACCACAUCUUCAACAACGACGGCGGAAAAAACUGGAACCACGGCCACCCAGAAAUCCUGCAAUUCUAAUGGCAAAACGACAGCUCCGCCGGAAAAUUUGAUUAUUUGUUUGAGCGAACAGCAGGAGGCUUAUUGCACAACAGCGAGAAGGGGAUCUGGUGCAGUGCAGCAAACCGAUUUGUAACCCCCUUUAAGCUAGGAACUCCUAAAAUAACUAAUUGAAAUUCUUCUAAAAUUAUUAUAGUUUGGAGUAUAUUAAGGUGAUCUUUGUAUUAUCUUUUCUACCAAACAGUUAGUAAGCCUUCGCGAUGAAUAUAAUAAAAAAGCAUUUGAGAUUAAGUAUUAAGUAUUAAUAAUAGGUAUUAAGUAUUUAAAAUAAGACAUUUAAGAUUUUAAGAUUUAUUGAAUUUAAACUACCACACAACGAUAUAUUGGCAAUAUGUAAACGUUGAAACAAUAUUCAUUUUAAGGGCCUUACUCCUUUCCGGUAAGUAAAUAGUAAUUCGUUUAAUUUAUGACAACAUACAUAGAUAAUAAAAAAAAAUAAUAAUAAAAUUUAAUACAAUUUUCCGCAUACAUGUAUUUGAAUAUUUUACUGCCGAUAACUCUUCUCUCAUAAGUUACAUUUGGGGCCUUGACCCUAGACUUAAUAAAUAAAUUAUACAAUAAUAUGAAAAUUAAUAUGUAUACAGUGAACAUUUUAUAGUUGUCUUACAGUAGUUUCAUCAAUUAAG